UUCUAUCCCCAAAAUAUAAUUUCAAGCAUUUAAUUCAUCAUUUAUUAUCUUUUAUUCCUUCAUAAUGGAGCCUCCAUCUGACCCUUUUUCUUCUUGAAAUUAUCAAGUCUAAUCAUAGAGAUUCUUCUUGAUGGCUUUAGUUUCUUGAUAGUUCUAUUUGGGCUCUGAUGCUUUCUUGCAGAAACAGAGAUCUUGAUUCUGUGAGCUAUCCUAUGCAAAUCUGAGUUCUCAGAACUCGGGAAUUCGAUUUCGUGUUUUCUGGUAUUGGAUUGUUCUUGAAAACUGUGGUCUUUUUCAUCAAGAAUCGAUUUUUACUGAGAUUUUGUUUCUUGAAAGUACUUGUGGUGAAAUUUACUCUCUUCCAUUAAGAAAUCCAAAUUUUAUUGAAGAAUCUGAUCUGGGCUUCAGCUUAUAUCUGCUUUAAAAAUUUCAACCAAAGUCAAAUCAUCUUAUCUUCCUUCAAGAAUCCAAAUUUCACUGAAAAAUCUGAUCUUGGCAAUCCUUGCCCCAUCAAAAACCAUUCUAUUUCCCAAUUUUUGCUGGAAAUCUGAUCUGGGAUCUGUUUAUCUCUCUCCAAAAUCAUGAACAUCAGCUCAAACUAACCUCUCUCUCCCCCAAUCCCAUCUGGGCCAACCUCAAAUAUCUCAGAAGACAUGAAUUUCAGGAGCAUGGAAGAAUUCUGGCCAUUCUACAUGAACCAGCACUCAAAAGCAGCAACAAGGCGCUGGCAUUUUGCAGGCACAGUGUGCAGCUUUGUGUGCUUGAUAUACUCAUUGCUCUUCAAUCUGUGGUUCUUGAUUUUUGUGCCCUUGUUGAGGAAUGGGUUGAGUUGCUACAGCCAUUUCUUUGUUGAAGGGAAUCUUCCCACAUCAUUUAGGCACCCAAUUUGGUCUCUGCUUUGUGAUUUCAAGAUGUUUGGGCUGAUGCUUACUGGCCAGAUGGAUAGAGAGAUGAAGAGGCUUGGUAAAAGGCCUGUGUUGCAAGCAUAUUGAUACAUAGAUUCUUGAUUUGUUUCUUUACAUGCAUUCAUUUUGUGUAUGGAUUGUAUAUUGGGUUAUACCUUGGUGUUAUCUUCCA